AUGGACAAGAGACCGUUCGACCAGCUAGAGCCCGAGUCCACCCCGACGCCGGUUUCUGAGACACCGUCCAAACGCGCAACGCCGGACCCGGCCGGGACCACCGUCAAUGGCGGCUCGUCCAAAGUGCCGGCGCACGUUCUGCAGAAAAGACGAGAGGGCCGUCUGAGGGCGAUGGAGAAACUGCAGAACCGGCUCGACGAGCUGGGCAUCAAGCGCGUGGACCAGGAGAACGCGCUGAAGUUCAGCUCCAUCCCGCCCAUCCAGGCCAUCAACCAGAAAAACUACUACACCGACUAUCUCAAGAAGGACGACCAGAUCAUGAUGAUCCGCGAGAUGCGGCAGCGGCUGCUGGAGGCGCGGCUCGCGAAAAAACAGGCCGAGCUCGAGCGGAAGCAGGAGUCGCAAAACAUGAUCAACAAGAUCAACACCCACGGCUUCGACUUCGACGACAACGAGGACGACGACGACGACGACGACAACGGCAAGAUGGGCUCGAAAAUCGUAGUGCUGCACCCGGGGUCCGCCAAUAUCCGUAUCGGUCUGUCCAGUGACGUCGACCCGCUGGUGAUCCCCAACAUGGUGGCCCACAGACGGCCUGCUCCCAGGGCAGGCGUCGACCCGCUGCGGCGCGAGGACGAAAACGGCGACAUGAGCGUUGUGGACGAGCAGUUUGCUAAUGCGAAGCGCACUGUCACUUCCAACUUCAAGGAGCGGAUGAAGUUCUACAAAAGACGCAUUUUGCCCAACUCCAACGAGCAGUGCUACAACUACAACAAACGGGCGCAGCCAGAGACAAUCCCGGAGCUCGACGACGUGCACAAGCUGGACUAUUUCGAGAAGGUGCGGGAGAAUUACGUGACCGGCGCGGACGUGCUGAAAAUCAAAGAUCUCGAGAACUGGCACGUCAGAAGCCCGUUCCUCAACGGCAGGUUCAACGACAAGGACAUCGCGUACAAGUCCGAGCAGGAUCUUCUCGGCGACGUCAAGCUGAUUCUGACCGACGCGCUCAAACGGUUCAACAUAUUCAACAGAAAGACGCUCAACACGUACAACUGCGUGCUUGUCAUCCCCAACCUGUACGACAAGGUGUACUGCGAGAAAAUGGUUGGUUUUCUAUUCAACCUUGGGUUUGGCCAGGUGGCUGUGUUCCAGGAAGGUCUGGCAGCGACGUUUGGGUCUGGCGUGAGCUCUGCGUGCGUCGUGGACAUCGGCGCCACGUCGACCAAGGUGUGCUGCAUCGAGGAAGGCUACAUUUUCCCGGACUCUGUGGUGGAGCUGUCGUACGGCUCGAACGACAUCACACGCGCCCUGAUCAAAAGCCUGAUUGGCCAGCAGUUUCCGUACAGAAACAUCAACCUGAACGAGCUCCGCGACUGGACGCUCGCGACCCAGCUCAAGGAGAAUAUAGUCACCUUCAACGACGCCAACGUGGCUGUGCAGAUUUUCAAGUUUGUGAACAGACGGCCGGGCCAGCUGAGUGAGAAGUACGAGUUCAAGUUGUUCGACGACGUGAUGGUGACGCCGAUGGGGCUGUUUUACCCGGAGCUGUUCCUAGAGGCCGGCGACGCGCGCGAGGAGAGCACGAUCCUCGGCAAAUGGUCGCCAAAUAAAAAGCUGACUCCGGGCCUUAUGGGCAGCAAAGUCGCGAAAAGCACGGCGCAGAAGAACGAGACAGAGCGGAAACUCAUCUCCGAAAUGGACACCAAAGACCUGAUGGACCAGCUGGUCAGCAGCGCGGGAGAGGAAGCGGAAGCAGCCGACGGUGAAACGGAUGAAAAAGUGACGCAGACGAAUGACUUCCGGGUAAACAUGACGCCAUUGGACAAGGCCAUCAUCGAGUCGAUCACGUACGCGGCCAGCGGCGACCAGCAGCGGCUCGACAAGCUCUACCAGAACAUCCUCAUUGUUGGCGGCGGGUCCAAGAUCGAGGGUCUGGACACGAUUCUGGUGGACAGGCUACAUUUGAACCGUGCGCCGCUGCUUGCGUCCAACAAACUGGCAGAAAUCACGAAGCAGGUGCAGCAAUGGAAAGACAAGGAAAAAGAGCUGAGCGAGCAGCAGGUUCAGGAGAUAAACAAUACGGUUGCGUCCGGGGGUGUGACGACGAUCGAGAUCAUUGCGAACGACGAGAACCUGGACCCGUCGAUGCUCGUGUGGAAGGGCGCGUCUGUGUUUGCGCGGCUGAAGAUCGUGGAGGAGAUGUGGAUCGGCGAGAAGUACUGGGACAUUUUUGGCGGCCGCACGCUGAGCUACACGACGCUGUUUAACUACUAG